AUGGCUAACGCUUCUUUAUUAUCCCAUGACCGCCCAGAUACAUACUUCUGCAACGCCUUCUCAUCGCUUCAGGACGAACUCCCAGAGCUCAACCUCCCUACGCCCACGAACUGCCUCUCACCCGCCGUCCUCGCCGUCCGCCCGCUCCUCUCCUCCCUCAAAGAAGCGGUGGAAUCCUCCUACGGCACAAACAUCUGCUUCGCCUCCAUCGUCCUGGAUGAUGUUCCUUUCGGUCUCUACCAGUCCACCGCCGCCGCCGCACUCCGUAGCAUUGGUCUCGUGCCUGUUGAAAUACACCCCGAGCACCGCGCCCUCUCAGCCACAAGUUUCUACGUGCGAUCGCAACUGCCACUUAUGGCACGUCUCCCUAAACUUCUCCGAGACGAGGAGCCGUUGACAGUUCUCGCGGUGAAUUAUGAGCCAUCGAGUUUCAACACCGCGCUAUUUCAGGUGGAGGACGAUCUCGUGGGGCCUGUGAGAAGCACGAUUACGUCUCCCACCGUCAUUCCAAACGCAAAUGGUUUUACUCAGCUUUCCGCACUGCAGUCCCGCCUUCGACAUCUAAUAGCCAGCCCACCUUACGACGACCUUUGGAAUUCCGCCUCACCGUUGCACAUCGACAAACUGGUCCUAUUUGGCGAGUCCACACGCGAUCUUUCUCUGCACUCUUUGCUCCUGAGCGUGCUCGGUGCCAACCUCACGGAGGAAGCAUAUGUGGACGACUCGCCUUUCACAGCCGCCCGGGCUGUAGCGGAGCGAGCGAUCGAAGUCAUGCAUGAUCCCUACUUCCAGAUGAAAGAUCGUGGAUGGUGGCCCUUUGCGUGCCAGUGUCGAAGUGGGCUAUAUCUUACGAGCUGGUGGGAUCCGUUCGAGAUGGGGCGGUAUGAGCUUCGUUUUGCCGUUGAGGACUGGGUCAGGUCCUGGGGUUGGCCAUGGUGA